AUGCAAGAGGAGGGGCUCGAGCUGCUCUCGCGGAGAGAGGGGAGCCAGGCCAACGCGACGGCGAGACCCGGAUGGAGCAACCUCUACGUGAAGUACUGCGACCUGGGCGACUCAAUCACAACGGUGCUAUCGCGCGGCGGUGUCCUGGACCUCUGGCAUCCCUAUGCGAUGCGCAUUCUCAAUCUGCUGCAGCGCGGGUUUGCCCCGACGGCCCACGACCGGUCGGUCGGCGUCUGUGACACGUACAUGUAA